AUGAAAGUCCGUUGGCUCAAGUCGGCGCUCCCCGUCGUCCUGACAGGCACCGUCGUGUCUGCCAUUGAUUUGGACGUUCACAAUGCUCAAUCCCUCAAGGAUGCCGCCGCCAACGCCUCCUACAACGCAAUGACCUACUAUAUGGGCAACCAGACGGGCAGAAUCCCCGGCAAACUGCCCGAUAACUUGUGGCAAGGUGCCAUCCUCUUCGACACAAUGAUCCGCUACUGGCAUUUCACCGGCGACGGGUCCAACAAUGCCGCUGUCAGCCAGGGCAUGUACUACCAAGCCGGCGAUGACUCGGACUACAUGUCGAGCGACUCACGCGCGCACAUCAGCAACGUCGACCAGGCGUACUGGGGUCUCGCGGCCAUCACGGCCGCUGAGCUGGAUUUCCCCGCGGAAUCCAAGCAGCCGGCGUGGGCCGAUUUGGCGCAGAACGUGUUCGAUAAGCUGGUGUACCGGUGGGAUAAGAGUUCGUGCAAGGGUGGUCUGCGCUGGCAGAUCUGGCCUUAUCGGGCGGGGUACACGAAGAAGACGGCCUCUGCUAACGGCGCUUUGUUUCAAUUGUCGGCUCGCUUGGCUCAUUACACGCGGAACAAGACGCAUUCCGACUGGGCGGAGAGGGUCUGGUACUGGAGUAAAGGGACGCUGGUGGAUGAGAAAGAGUGGAAGAUUGCCGACGACGUCGCGAACGAGCUUCAUUGCAAGGGCUCGUCAGACAACACGCAAUGGACGGCAAACUACGCGAUGUACCUGGGAGGUACGGCGUAUAUGUAUAACGUGACGGACGGCCAGAAGAAGUGGAAAGAGGGCACCGACGGCCUGCUCAACACCACCUUUCAGACCUUCUUCCCCAAGAAGCGCAACGGCGCCAUGUCCGAAGUGGCCUGCGAGGUCAGCGGCACCUGCGAACCGAGCAUGCAAACCUACAAGGCGAUCCUCUCGUCCAACCUGGCGUCCAUCGCCCAGGUGGCUCCGUACACGGCGGAGGAGAUCCUGCCUAAACUGCAGGACUCGGCCACCGCUGCGGCGAAGCAUAGCACCGAGGACAAGGAUAAUAGCUUCUGCGGGCUUCAGUGGUACGAGGAUUAUGACGACGUGGGCAGGUGCAACGUCGGCAAGCAGAUCAGUGCCACUAGUCUGUUCUCGGCCAACCUGGUGGGCUUUAAGACGAGCGGAAAUGAUAAUAGCACCACCAGUGCGACCGGGGAUGAGAAUGGGGCUGGAACCAUGGGCGGCAUGCGCAGCUGGGCUGUGACUGCCGUCGUUGUGGGAGUUGUCAGUCUGAUGGAGUUGGUUGGAUAA